CCUUCUCUCUCUCUCACUCUCCCCCUCUUUUUGCCUGCUGAAUAAUUCAUCAUAUCGGGCUCAAGCCGGGACCAUUAGCAUGCAUCGGACAUGCUGUUUGUGUGUUUGCUAACAUCCUUCAUUCUGGACUUGUUAAUGCCAGACGAGCUUAACACGCUUCUCCCUCCCCCCCCCCCCCCAGCUCCGCGCAGCCCCCUUCUUCUCCCCACCCCCUUCCCUCCUCCUCCUCCCUCUCUCUUCUCUUCUCCUCUCUUUUUCCUUUCCCUUUCAUGCUAUCCCUCUCAGCCCGCUAUUGUUGUCGUGGCUGAGAGCUGGCAGCCUGCGCUCCUUGUGGGCUGGGCGCUCGGCCUGGGAGCCGCGAGCUGGGCCGGCCGCCGCCGCCUCCGGCUCCGCCACGACCGAAACCCCGUUGCUAGGUAAGGACCGCCUUUCCCCUGCACCCGGCCUGCUCCCGGGUCCUGUCUGCGCGCUCUCGCGCUCUCUCUGUCUCUCUGUGUCUCUCUCUCUUUCUGUCUCUGUCUCUCUCCUUUCCUUCUUUUCUCUGUCUCCUUUUCUCUGUGUCUCUCUUUCCCUCUCUCCCUCUCUUCCUCCCCCCCGGAGAGAUUCCCGUUCUUGCACUGAGUGUAUGUGCCUCUCUCCCUCUGAUCUGCACAGGAGCUUUCAGGACUGACUGCGGCGUGGACUGGCUGGCUCCCCCACUUCACCGCGAGUCGAGUCCCAGGGUCCCUCCUCAUGUUGCACACGCUGGCUGGAGCGGCUCCACGUCCGAGAGAAUGAGGGCACGCGAAGACCCGGUGGGCAUUUCCCCGCAUCAUAUCCCACUGGACACGUGGCGUCCUCCCUGGCCCUCGGGGGAGUGCUGUGUGCCAGCUGCCCGUGGGCGCGAGCGUCAGGAAGGGCCCCUGGAAAGAGAGGGGAAAGGACUGAGAAAGGAAGACUGUGCCGGAAGGAGGCGGCGGCGGGAGCACGGAGGCUGCGUGUGCGGUGAGCAGAUUGUCCAUUUCUGUGUGAACACGAGCUGAGUUUGUUACAUAUCUUGCAAGACCCUUGGAACUCCCAGGAGAGCGAGGCCUUCCGGUCUGGGGGUGCCCACACCCCUUCCCAGCAGACGGAACCUUCUCUGCCGUCCCUCCCAGAAUGCCGAGCUCGCUGCAGCUGAGGGUUUGUAGGUCACCUCAAGCGGCUGAAAAAAUACUGGGUCGAGAUCCGUGUCCCCUCCCCCCCAUCUCAGCAGGUUGUGGCAGCCGGGAUGCCCAGGCAAGGGCAAAGGCCUAGAAAUGGGAGCCGGGGCCGGGGCACAAUUAGAAGCCCCUCCGUCCCGGGGCCCUGGCGGCCAAUCGGGCGAUCACAGGGGCCGCGGGGCCCCCUAGAGCUCAGGCUUGGGGGAGGGGCGCUAAAGAAGCUGGGCCCAGUGGCGAGAAGGGCCCACGGGCCGGUCGCCAGCGAGCCAGCAGGGGCCACAGCGUCCACCCCCCAGGCCCGGGCCUUUGGCGCUUUUUUAUUGGAGAAAGCGGGAAGGACCCAGCCGCCUGAAGGGCCAGUGGCAGGGGAGGGGGCUGGAGGAAUACCAGGGUCGCGCCCCUCGGGCCGCCUCGUCCAAGAUUUCACAGGGGAAACUGAGUCCCAGGGACGGGAGGGGAGGAGCAGAGACGGAGUCUGAGGGCUUCCCGGAGGAGCCGGCACUGGAGCUGAUGGGCGGGGGAAGGCGCAAGGGCCGGAGAACGUUCUAAGCAAAGAGGAGUAAACUGAGGCAGGGGAAGUGAUUUGCAUACAGGUGCAAGAUCCCAGAUUCAGGCUCCGGUCCGUGACUGCCAAUCCAGCAAAUAGGCUCUUAAUAUUGAUGGGUUGAUCUUAGGGCUCAUGCUUUUCUCUGAGACAACUUGGGGGGCUCCAGAGUGUGGCGGGCCCGAGGCGAGGGGGGACGGCCUUCGGGGCCCUAGCUCUCGUCUGCCUGCCAGACACAGAUGGGUUGACCGGGGGGGACCAGGAAGGUCUGUACGUGCUUUCAGAAAAAAAAAGAUGUCCACGGGUGAGAAGCCCUCAGCCCGGGAGCGAGGCCUGCAAACUCACGCUGAGUGGGUCAGUAGGCAUUUAUUAAUCCCCUGCUGUGUGCCAGACACGGGCCCUGGUCACAACGGUCUCACGUCCCAUGGGCCCCCUUGUGGCCUGCCAGCCCAGGGCUGGGGUGGUCUCUCGAGGAUCAGGGAGGCUGCCCUGGUCAAUCCCCCCAAGGCCUUCCUUCUUCCUUUCUUUUCUUCUGUCGCUUCCUCCUUUGUCUUCUCUCUUCCCUCCUUCUACUAUUGCUUCCUCCUUUUCUUCCUCCUUGUUCUCUCAUCCCACCUUUUUUCUCUCUCUUCCUCAUCUUCCUCCUUUUCAUACUUCCUCUUCUCUCCUUCUUCCUCCUUUUCUACCUUCUCUUCCCUUUUUUCAUCUUUCUCUCUUCCCUCCUGCUCCUUCCUCCUUUUCUUCCUCCUUCUUCUCUCCUCCCUCCUCCUUUUUUUCUAUUCAUUUCUUCCUCUUCUUUCUCUUUUUCUUCCUGUCUUCUCCCUCUUUCUCCUUCCUUCUUUUCUUUUAUCUUUUCUUCCUUUUCUUCCUUCUCUUUCUCUUUUUCUUCAUCCUUUGUCUUCUCUCUUCCCUCUUCCUCCUUUUUUCUCUCUUCCUCCUUUUGUUCCUUCUUUCCUCUGUUCUUCAUCCUUCUCUCUCCUCUCCUCCUUCUACCUUUUCUUCCUUCUUUUCUCCAUCCUUCCUCUUCUCUCCUCCCUCCUCCUCCUUUUUUUCUCUUCCUUCAUUUCUUCCUGUCUUCUCCCUCUUUCUCCUUCCUUCUUUUCUUUUAUCUCUUCUUCCUUUUCUUCCUUUUCUUUCUCUUUUUCUUCAUCCUUUGUCUUCUCUCUUCCCUCUUCCUCCUUUUUUCUCUCUUCCUCCUUUUGUUCCUUCUUUCCUCUGUUCUUCAUCCUUCUCUCUCCUCUCCUCCUUUUCUUCCUUCUCUUUCUCCUUUUCUCCAUCCUUCCUCUUCUCUCCUUCCUCUUCCUCCUUUGUUCCUCCUCUUCCUCCUCCUCUCUUUCUCAAUACCUUACCAUUAAAAAAGCUUCCUCAUGUCAGCCCUGGAAGAGGAGGAGAGGAAGGGGGAGCAUCUCCUUUUUGCGGGUGAGCAGACGGGCUCGGGGGGCCUAGGCGGCCGGCGUGGGAGCCGAUCCCCAGUUCCCGGGCUUCCCGGGAGAUCAAGGUUUGGUCCAGCCGGGACCGGCGCUGUGAGCCAGCCGGUGGGCCCUGGCCCUGGAGUCGGGAGCCCCAGGCACUUGUAGCUGGCGGCCCAGGGGGGCCUGCACGCUGUUUCUGCCUCGGCUGCCACCCCUCCCUCGCCAAGGGAAGCUCUUUGCCGGACCUCAGCGCUCUGAUCUCCCCCAUCCCGGGUCCUGCUCGGGACGGCCUUGGCAAACCCGCCCUCCUGGGAGGAGGUAACGGGGACACGAGCUCCCCUUCCCCCUCCCAGCUGGCUGUGAGGCAGGAAGCAUGGUGGGGGGGCCCGGGAGGGUGGGCUCUGGGUCAGGGCAGGGCACAGGGACCCAACCACACCCCGGAGUCAUAGGGACCUCUGUGGUCAGUGACCUGCCACAAGCAGGACUCGGUGAAAAAGCCGCCGGGAGCUGCGGGGGGGCAGAGCGGAGGGCGUGGAGCGUGUGCAGACCGCGGAGAGUGCACGGACCGCCACUGGCUCCCGGGGCCAGGGCUCUGAGCCCCCUUUGGGCCCAGCCCGGGGUUUCACGGGUUCAGGAAGCGGCCGUGUUUGAAGGGCCGGCAUGUGGAGGGACCCCUUCCGAGCGGCCCCGGGUGGGGGGGAACCAUCCGUAAGAGCGAUCCUGGUUGUCCCAGAGUGGAGGAGGCAUCCUUGGGCAGUGGUGAGUGCCCCGUCGUGGGCUAGGGGGUGAGACCCCCAUUGGGGGAAGGCUGAGGCUGUUGUAGAGUGCAGUGGGAGGGUCUCAGGAGCUGGGUUCCAAUCCUGCCCUGGUCCCUCGUACUUGUAACCUCCGGCCUUGGCCACCCUGGGGUUAAUGGGGCUGCCCCCCCCCCCCCCGAGACUCCCGGGACCCGGGGAGCGUGAGGCGGCGGGCGGGACCCGGGGAGCCCUCCAUCUUUGGUCCUGACCGGCCGGGACAGGGGCCGCCCUCGGUCUCUGUUCUGCUUUGGACCCUGGCCGGCUCCCUGAGCCAGCGGGCUCGCCAGAGCCGGCUACAAAAUGUCUGCCUCCCCGGCCGCCAUUUUGUGUCUGCUCCCGGCUCCCGGAAGCCGUGGCAGAAAUGGAAAACAAACCGGCCGGGCGGGGAGGCCGCGGGCUCCCUUGGGGAGGCGUCCAAGCCCCGGGAGGGCUCCCCUGGGUGACUGUGCUGCCUGGAAGCCUUCACACAAGCAUCUCCCCGGCCUCUGGAAGGGGCCCAGGGCCGGGCCCAAGGACCUGACCUUGGGCCGCCGCCAUCAGCUGCUCUCGGCUCCUGGCACUGCCGGGCGGCUUGGCAAGGGCAGCCGAGGACGGGCGCUCGGGGACCCGCCGGCUCGGGGAGCCUCCCUGCCCCCACUCGGCGGCCUCCGG